AUCAUUUUCCACAAAAAACAAAACUAAAAAAAAGUCCUAGAGAGAGAAACAGCCUCUUUACUCACUUUUCCCGUUUGUGUCGUGGAGACCAAAACAAGAUGCCACGUAGUUCGGUAAUAAUUACGACAUACUGCCACUCAGCCGCCCUUCAGUCAAAACCGCGCGUUGACUGUUUCUGUCUCUUCAUCUCUUCCUUUAUAAAUUAAAGUCCCUCACUUCUCACAAUCUUCACAACACAAACACCUCAGAGUUUCCUCUCCUCUUUUAAUUUAAUUUAACAAAAAAAUAGUUUUAACUUUGUCAAUAUGGCGCCGACAGCUAAAACGACGGCGUUUAAAACUAACGGCGCCGACGGCGGAAACAAAGAAAACCGUUACAGAGGAGUGAGAAAGAGGCCGUGGGGUCGUUACGCCGCCGAGAUCAGAGAUCCGACCAAGAAAACACGAGUCUGGCUCGGUACUUUCGACACUCCCGAAGCAGCGGCUCGUGCCUACGACAAAGCAGCUUUUCAGUUCCGUGGGGCUAAAGCCAAAACCAACUUCCCUCUUCCUUUCUUCGUCGCCGACAACGAGAGCCCGAGUCAGAGCAGCACCGUGGAGUCACCUUCCUCGAUACCUGAUCUCAACCUCGGAUCCAUCUCAUCCGUUGAUUCAAGAUUCCCUUUCCCCAAGAUUCAGGUUAAGUCUGGAAUGAUCGUGUUCGAUGAAGAAUCGGGGAGGAGUGAGUCGGACUCGUCGUCUGUGGUGGUGGAUCUAAGUUCAGAGAAACGACCACGAGUGUUCUUGGAUUUGGAUCUUAAUCUCCCUCCCAAGCCUGAGAAUUAGUUCUUGAAUUUAACUGUUAUGAAUUAAAGUAUUUGAUAAAACUUAGAAGUAUUAAGUUGGUGCCUUUUUUUUUUGGUCAGCAGAAAGUUAAAAAUAAUUUUUAGUGUUUGAGAACGGUUUGUUCUCAUCACCUGUUGUUUAUCAGUUUAAUUGUAAUUUUUCUUUUUUAAUUUUCUGAUCAACAAAAAUAAUAAGUUUGUUUUGGCAUCAA